CUUCUCUUUUCUGCGCACCUCUCUCUUUAUGCUCCUCCAAUGUCCACCACCACGCCUCUAUACCAACAACAACAACUUCUUCCACCACCGCCGCCGCUCGCCGCGGAAGCAACGGCGGCUUCCCAGCAGCCCUAUAUCCGGCACGGGUCGGUGGGAGGGGUGAUAGCGGCGGUGGCGAUCAUCGCGGUGCUGGGAGUCGUAGCCGGUCUGAUCGGAAGGAUGUGCUCCGGCGGCCGGGUAUUGGGACACGGCGGCCAGUACGACGUGGAAGGGUGGGUUGAAAGGAAGUGCUCCUCUUGCAUCGACGGCCAUCUCGAUCCUCCGCCGCGGCGGCCGGAUGAUCAUGUUCCGCCGGCCGCCGCGGCGGAGAUGGAGGAGGUGAGAGAAGAAGACCAUGAGAGUCAAGAUGAUGAAGAAGAAGAAGAAAAUGAUGAUGAUGAUGAUGAUGAUGAUGAUGAUAAAGGAGUUAGUGUUGAUCAUCAUCAUCAGCAACAUAGCGAUGAGGCGCCGGCGCCGGUGACGAGGGAGGUUAAUUAGUUAGUGAUUCAUUGAAGUAUAUUGUUACCCAGAGCUAGUUCCUCUCAUUGUUUCUUGUAAUUUCUUUGUGUUAUGAGGAUGAUAAUGGGAGGCAAUCGAUGAGGGAAUCUUUUUUUUUUUGGGUUGCUUUUUAUCCUUGAGCAAGGCAAUUGCGAUCCAGCCACAUCUUGUCGGCUCACUUUUUCUCAAUUCCUUCCUGACUUCUUUUUUCAUUAUUCCCCACAAAGUUUGACUCAUAAAAGGGAUUUUGUUUUAUUUUGUUUUAACACAAAAAAUCAAUUAUGAUGUUUGGGAAAUCAUACCGAAAAUGACGAGGCUAAUGGAGGAAUGGAAAGGGAAUAGAAUAGAAUAGUUCUA